AUGGAUGUGGAUCAGUGUAACGGCAAUAUUCCCUCUGAAUGCGACUAUGACACAACAAAGUUCCAUCAGAUUCUUGAUCCACACUCACGUUCUUCUUCCUCGUUCACCAUUCCCAAACGCUACGUGAAUCUCAGGUUUUUAAAUGCUGGUGCUCAAGGAACAGUUGUAUCUGCUGAUGACACGGUAACUGGGACAAAAGUCGCCAUCAAAAAGAUGCAACAACCGUUUGUGAUGACGAUGAGUGCUCGAAGAGCUUACCGCGAGUUCAUCCUACUAACCACCAUCAAGCACCCGAACAUAAUCCGGCUCUUAAGUGCAUUCACUCCCCAAACUGAACUGAGUCGAUUUCGUGAAGUAUACUUGGUAAUGGAGUUGAUGAGUCACAAUCUCCACGAAGUAAUCAGCAAAUUACGAUUGGAUCAUCGUACGUUGUCGUUUUUCGUCUAUCAAAUGUUAUGCGCUAUCAAACAUCUCCACAAUUCGGGUGUUAUUCACAGAGAUCUGAAGCCCUCGAACAUCGUCGUUAACGAUAAAUGCGUGCUCAAAGUCCUUGAUUUCGGGCUCGCUAGGAAGAAGACUAUCGAUACAGCGAUGCGGAUGAGUGACUACGUAGUAACUCGUUACUAUCGUGCACCAGAAGUCAUUCUAGGCUUACCGUAUUCGGAGAAAGGUAAGCUUCCUGAGAUGGGUGGAUUCGAGGAUCAUUUUCUUCAAUUCAGGGUGGAUCAAUGGUCAAAAAUCGUCAACGAAAUGGGAACACCGGGCGAGGAUUUCAUAAACCAGCUAGGCAACAGCGCCGCUAUGUAUGUGAGAUCACUUCCAUCCCAAACGGGUAAGUCUAUCGAAGAGAUUGCUCCAGAUGCGAAUUUCCUCAAGGAAACAGAAAACGUCAAAGCCAACCUCACCGCGGAAUGGGGUCGAGACUUGCUAGCGAAGAUGCUUGUGAUCAAUCCUGACAAACGAUAUUCUGUUGAAGAGUCAUUGAAUCAUCCCUACGUGAAAGUGUGGUUCAGAGAUGAAGAGGUCAACGCCCCACAGUCUGAGAAUCGCUACAACGAAGAAAUAGACUGCGCUGACCGGCCACUGAGCGAAUGGAAAGAUUUUCACGAAGUGCAAGCAGAGAUUUGA